AGGCGCCGCUCACGGCCGGGGCGGGCGCGGCGCCGCCGCCAUUGGCGGCCCGGCCGUGCCACUCAGAGCUGCCGGGGCGUGGGCGGCGGCGGCGCGGGGCCGGGGGGAGCCGCGGGGCCGUGAGCGGGGUAGGCUGCGCCCGUACUUAAGGGCUCUGCCCGAGUCGCUGACGUCUUUCGAAUUGGAGACGGGCUGCCCCCCUCCCGCCCCGGGCUCCCGCGGACACGGCCGGGGACGGAGGUACGAGUGUCUGUCUAGAAUGUCCAGGCAUGCGAAAAAGCUUAGAGAUCACGAUAUAAAUCCAUGUAUAGCGGAAACAGAUGCCACUACAAAAUGUAUGAAUGACAACAACUAUAACAAGGAUCUGUGUACUGAUUAUUUUUUGAAGUACAAAAACUGCAGAAAAUUCUGGCAUGAAAUUAUGAUGCAAAGGAAGAGAAGUGGUGUGAAACCUGAGAUGCCCCCAGCAGAAGAAAGAAAGAAAAUCUUGGACUCAAUGGGGAAGCUCUACUAACUAGAAACCUGAAUUCAUUGACUGUUGUCACUACAUAAGAAGACUUAGCAGCAGCUAGUUAUCAUUUUAUGAACUGGGUUUUACAGUUGCCAUAUAUCUUGGAUUAAAAUAAGAUCUUAAGUUUUGAAAUGUGUGAGCUUUCUAGGAUAGAAUUUCCUGGGCUGUUCAUACUUCCCAUCAUAGGAACCUGGCCUCUUUUUAUUGUAAGAUAUGGGUAAUAGUGCAACUUCUGUAGAAACUUUUGGAAGUAGAAACUACCUUGCUGUUAAAUUAUAAAUCUAAAAUUAAUGGGACAUGCAGAAAGUCUGUUUGAAAAGAUGGGAUUGGUGAGCAUUGCAGUGUGGUUCUAAGUUCUAAAACUGGAGGCCAUUGAGAAGCUGGUACGUGCAACAUAUUUCUUGCACUCGGCUGUUCUGCUCAGUAGUAUGGAUUGAUCAUGUGUGAUUUUAUCACUGUUUUCACUUGUGUUGUAUUCUGUAUCCCCAGUUAAAAUAAGGCUGUUCCUAAACUAAAAUCCUAAAUCCAGCAAGCUUAUCAUUAGGUCUGCUGCUGUACUUGUCAGUGAUAGCAGAAGCUUGCAGUUAAUCAGAUCUGCAAGUUUUGCUUGUUAGAAGGUUAGGGAGACUGGUGAAGAUAAAACUGAACUGCUGAGGUCUGAGCUGAAUAGUAAUUUCUGUGGAUAGUAAAUAGAUACUUUGGUGGUGGGCAGGCAGGGGGGACUUGCAGACAUGUAAACAGAUCCUCUGAGUGACAUGGCAGGUUUAACUAUAGUACAUCUAUCUAAGACUCUGGACAGCUGAAACCUGGGGUUUGGAAAUGCUUACUCAUACCAGAUUACAAAGCUCAAUUUAAACAGGUACUCUAACCUUAAAUAAGGUUGAUUCUUUAGCUAAAUUGACCUAAUAAAUGUAAACAGGUUGCUGUCUAGUGGAAACAGUG